GUCCUCAGCCUCGGAUCAAUCAUGCUUCUCAUCAUUGCUUGAGAGCUGAGGACGCGGAGAGUCGCUGGGACAAAACAGCAAGAGGGGGGAGAGGGGAAGAAGGCGGUAUACAUAGAAAAGCGAGUGCAACUGCAGCCAGGCAUCAGAUGGCCGCAAGCGGACCCGUUUUCUAAAGAAGACCUCACAUUUGUGUUUUCCUACACACUACGUAUCUUGAGGCUCCGCUUAGUCAGCCUCGCGAUUGCCUUGUUGCCAUGGGACGACAGAUGACGAUCACUUUACCACUGACAAAUCUAUCUCAAUAACCCUAAGCAACAUUCUGCGACGCUGAGAGCAAUGUCGAAGCAUAACGUCAACGAGGUAACGUCCGACGAACAUUUCCAGCAGCUACUGAAGGACCGAUCUGUGGUGGCCCUCAACUUCUGGGCAUCAUGGAAUGAACCUUGUAAAGAUAUGAACGAGGUGUUUGAGGAGUUAUCUAGGAAGUAUCCUGCUGUGCAAUUUGUCCAGCUGGAAGCAGAGAAUUAUCCCGACAUAUCUGAACACUACGAAAUCGCAGCCGUACCAACCUUCAUAAUACUCAAAGAUGGCAAAACCGUCAACAGAGUUGAAGGCGCAAACGCCCCUGCUCUGACCUCAGGAAUUGAGAAAUUUGCCAAAGUUGCAGCCGCCGCUGCUACCUCGGCCUCAGUCUCAUCGGCGCUCCCUGUUGAACGAAAGAAGGAUUUGCAGUCUCGGUUGAAGGAGCUUGUCAGUUCACACCCGGUCAUGAUAUUUAUCAAGGGAACCCCGCAACAGCCUCGAUGCGGUUUCUCGCGGCAGUCUGUUGAACUUCUCUCUGAGGUGGGCGUCAAGUACGGGUCGUUCAACAUUUUAGCAGAUGAGGAAGUGCGCCAAGGACUGAAGGAGUACAGUAAUUGGCCAACUUUCCCACAAAUAUAUGUAAAUGGCGAGUUGAUCGGUGGAUUGGAUAUUUUAAAGGAAAUGAUUGAGUCUGGUGAAUUUCAAAAACUGGUUCCCGCUGAAGAGGAUCUCGAAUCACGAUUAAAGAAACUUAUCAACCAAGCCCCGGUCAUGCUAUUCAUGAAGGGUUCACCCGACACACCUAGAUGUGGAUUCUCGCGACAGAUAACACAAUUGUUGAAGGAUCAAGGUAUUGACUACCAGACUUUUGACAUAUUGGAAGAUGAAGAAGUCCGGCAAGGGUUGAAGACAUUUUCGUCGUGGCCAACCUAUCCUCAACUCUAUGUUAACGGGGAGUUAGUCGGCGGUCUGGAUAUCGUGAAGGAAAUGGUGGAGUCUGGGGAUUUGAAGGCGAUGCUGACUUCCGCAUAAUUUGAUAGAGAAUGUUAACAUUAUUGUAGAGUGGAUAUAGUUUGGCGUGUGGUGUACUGAGGUUGAAAUAAUGCAUCGCCGUCUUCCUCAUUUCUAAUUAAGUAGCAUAUGUACAAAGAUAUUUAUGAAAGUGACAGCAGGU